ACAUUUGAACUGGUUCUUCUUCGGAUGAGUGUAGCCAUGGGUAGGACCACGUUGUUCGUGUUAAUUCUUCUAGGAAUCAGUCUACUGGUAAUGGUAGAGACGUUUCACACGGCGAGACGUAAAUUGACAAAAGAUGUUGUGUCGUUUAGACGAGGGAAGCUGGAGGAACCACUUACCACGAUGAAGCUGAUUCUGGGAACUAAAGGGGAUAUUUAUGCUGGCGGUGGACAACAUUUAUCCCAUCUCAGCUUUCACAAAGAAGGGAGCACAACGGUGAAGAAAAUUCCAAUUAAGUGUGACAAGCACUCCAGUCAGCAUUGUUCUAUCACAGUGAUGCAGCCGGGAGGACAUAAACACCCCCUGUUUGUGUGCACAGAGAAAAACGAGGGAGCUCUCUGCUGCUACCAGAAAGUCAAUGGCUCAACACACGAUUGCACAGACGUCUACGGAGGUGGUGAACCAGCACUUCUCACUGGGGAUGUUCUCUACACCACACAAUCUGGUGUAAAGGAUAAAGAUGGCAUCUACAGAAAGCGUUUACCUACAGACAAUGACAAUAUGACUCCUCCCUCAAGUCGUUCAGAUGAAAGGUAUGUGAAGAUCGUAGAAAGAAGAAAUAAAACGGAUGGAUUACAAGAUAAGCUGUAUGCAUUCUACACAGAGAAGAAUCAGGACCAGAACCCUGACAUUUACACCCCACGUGUCUCCCAGAUCUGCAAGGCUGAUCUCGGAGGUUCCAAGGACACCCUGCAGUUCCAGUGGACGUCCCAGCUGAGCAGCCGGCUGUCCUGUGGGGACCCCAGCAGGAAGCUGUUCUACACCGAGCUGCUGGACGUGGCCGUGCUGCCGUCUGAGGACGGAGGAGACGACCGCGUCUACGGGCUCUUCAAAAACGGCUGGGACAUGAGAGCAGUGUGUGUGUAUGCCAUGAAGGACAUUGAUUCCACCUUCUCCAACUCUAAAACGAAACCCACAGAAACUCUGUCAAAACGUCCUGGAGAGUGUGUCCAGGACAGUAAGAGACUCCCUCCUGACUUGCUCAAGUACAUGAAGAGGAGUCCAGAGAUGGUGGAUUGGGUGAGGCCCAUAGGAGGUGCUGUCCCUGUGUUGGUCAGUCACCGCCACUACAGUCACAUCCAGGUGGACCAUGUUGGAGGGACAGGGGUGCAGAAGGGACACAACAUCUUACUGCUAUCCAUGGAGAGCGGUGCCGUUCACAAAGUCCUGGAGAACUCCACCUCACCUUUCAUCAUUGCGGAGUAUCAUCCUUUUGAACCUGGAACACGGAUCCUCAGCAUGUUACUGGACAGUUCUGAGAAGAAACUCUACGUGAGCUCCAGUGGUGAGGUGGUUCAGAUUGACCUGAGCGACUGCAGUGUGUACGAGAACCAGUGCGCUGACUGUGUCUUAGCAAGAGACCCCUACUGUGGCUGGGACAGUGUCAAUAAGAUAUGUACAUCUAAUGGAACUCGGAAUGUUCUCGACGGAAGUUACGAGACGUGCGCUGAGCCUCAGAGCGCUCCUCAGAUAUCCAAUGCAAAGGAGCGUGCCACUGAUCUCCAACAUGUCUCUGAGUCCUCUAAACAUUACCUGGCCUGCCCCAUUCGCUCCCAUCAUGCUAAGUACUGCUGGAAACAGAACGGGAAGGAGAAGCAGUCGCUCGAGGACGACAAGCAGGAGCAGUUAGUGCUGCUGAUAGAUUGUAUGGGGUCUGCAGACGAGGGCCGGUACGAGUGUGAGGCCCGGGAGGGAGAGUAUGUGAAGACAGUGGUCGCCUACCAGCUGAAGAUGACCAGUGGGGCAGCAGGACUGAAGAGCUCUCCUCUGGCUGUGGUCUUGCUGACGCUUCUGCUUACUCUGGCCUGUUAGAGGCCUGUUGUACCUGCCUACUGUACAGGGGAACCACACCAGGCGUAACUAAAACGGUCAGAAGACUGGUCUAUUUUUUUCGAAUGUACACGCCUCUGUCACGUCUGGUGUACUGUAGCUAGCCUACUUGCAUUGAUUAUAGUGAUUAUAUAGUAGAUAGUGUUAGAUAGAUAGUGUUAACUGCUGCAACAUACGCUUCGCGAACGGAACGCUUCAGUUACGCGUCUGGUGUAGCUCCCCUGUUGGUGUUGUGUUCCUAUUGCCAUAUCUGUACGUGGAGUCAGAUUGUUAACAGCCGUUCAGCUUGUAUCUCCCUAGCUGCUAAUUUAUUUAUUUAUUUUUGAGAGAGAGAGAGAGAGAGAGAGAGAGAGGUUGAUAACCUGCUGAUAUUGUUGUGGCUGAGAGAGAGAGAGAAUAAUGUGUUGAUAACCUGUUGAUAUUGUUGUGGCUUGGGUGUGUCACAAAAGAGGCCCAUCCUAUUCGAAUGCUGUAUCUCUACUGUCUCUGGUCAUUUGCUAUCUGCUACGCUAUGCUCAUCAUUUGUUCCCAGAAGAAAAGCAUGACUACAGUACAGUGGGUUAACAUUUGUGUUGGAGUGCAGAGGAAUCCAUUGCAAUGAUGUGUAACCCAACACUGAUUAAGGGCCUUAUUCAUAUGAACCCACACCCUUGUUUGCUAUGACUGUUGGCAUAGGACAUCUGUUGGAACAUGAGGCAACAGGAUGGUCUGUGGGGUCUGUAAUCCUGGUCUGGAUUUACUCAAUCAUUGGCACAUCCAUUGACUGCAUGGUGGUCUACACAAUGCGUCAACAUUUCUCACAUAGUAGAAAAGUUAAAUUUCAAAACCCAAUAAUGUAGUAUAAUUAUAAUAAGAUAGUAUUUCACAUAGAAAAGUUUUAUCGUGAAAAUUAUUGUAAAUACUUGAUGAUAUACAUACAAUUAAUGAUAACAUUAAAAUAAAAGAACAACAAUGAUAACAUUGAUAUUAAUAAUAAUAUGCUAUGUAAUAUAUUCAUUAGGUUAUUACUUGAAUUUAUUGUUUAUUGUUUAUAUUGCUAUUCUCCCUGCUGUAGUCUAACCAACUUUUUGAAAUUGUUCACUGUUAAAUUAAUUAUUGUAUUGUUUUCAUUUGUAUGUGGCUUUGCCAAAUAGCAUAACCAUAACCAUAUAUUAGUAAUCAAAUAUUCUAGAGCGGAGCUACUCUAGGGAGCCGUUUAUUUACACAACAAUGCAAAUGUUUUAUCAGGAUAGAAUACAUAGAAGUAGUGCAAUGUGUUCAUAGUCGUAUUAUCCUAAAACAGGAGCUCAGACAGCAAGGGAGUGGGCAAUGAAGAUGUGUUUGGCCAAAGCUGGGUUCCUAUUGAAUGGGUGGUGUGAGGCGUGACCUGCAUGACUGUCAGCUGUGUGAGGGAGAGCAGUCCUGGGAAUAUGGGAGUUUCACAUCAGAAGAACAAUGACUGUUUUCAUCAUAAACAUAGACAUGGUCUGUUAAGCUGUUUAGGAUACAAAAUGGCCGUGACGGAAGAGAGGGUCAAAUGACGACAGCUGCAUGAAUGUAAGGGUUUGACGCACGUGAGGAGGAAACGACUUAGUUAUGCACUGUUCAUAGUCAAAUUUAAGAGCUGUUCCGUUCUAUUUUUAUUUUAAUGUACAAAAGAGGUGAUAUUUUUUUAUAAAAGAAAAUAUUUUAGGUUUGUAUAUUUUGUUCAUCUUCAAUCCUGUCCCAAAUAUAAUGUGAAGCACUUUUUUCAAGCUUGUUGUUUUUUCUGUUACUAAAAAUACAUAUAUUUUUGUACUAAAUCACUUGUUCAAUGUCAGUUUAUAUAGCUUCUUUGAAAUAAACUGUUAAGCUGU